AAAAUCACAAUGAUGAUAGAGAAUAAAGAAAAUUACUUGUUAUCUUUUUAAUAUAGUUGUGAUAAUUAUAAUAAUAACUAUGACAGGAAUGAAAAAGUUUGCAGUGAAGUUAAAGUUGUAAAUCAAUGGUAUUAUAGAUAACACUCUGAAAUAUUUUUAUAUUUUUAUUUACAAAGCGUUUUCUGAUUUUAUUUCAUUGCUUUAUGCAACUCGUUAAUAGUCACACAUAUAAUCAGAAUUAAAUUUAUCAUUACCUCGUUAAUUGUUUGAUAAUAAAUUUUUAAAUUACGAAAAAUGGAUAGUGAGUGUACGAGUUCUCCAAAAAGUGGAUGGAAACGUUUUGCAUUGAUGGAACCACCAAUAUUUUUAUUGUUUCUAACUAUGGGAAUGACAAGUAAUGUCUUCACUGAUUUGAUUGUCUUCCAAACAUGUAAAGAAGUUGAGACGAAUAAAAGUAGUUGUGAUAUUUUACAUACAAAUAGUAGCAGUGAUGAAGUGCGAGAAUUGAAUGAAAUUGUUCAGCGACAUGCAAGUUAUAUAAUAAUGUGUAAAUCACUGAUUGAAAGUUUUAUACCAGCAACAUUUAUAUUAUUUCUGGGUCCUUGGAGUGACAAGUACGGCAGAAAGCCUCUAAUCAUUGCUGGAUAUUUUGCUCCGAUGUGUAAAUUCAUAAUUUUGUCUGUGCUAAGUAAUUUUGAUGAAAAUCCAUGGAUGUUUUUAAUAGCUUCGGUACCAUCGGCUUUAUUAGGCUCUGGACUUUCAAUGGCAAUUUACUGUUACGUUUCUGACAGCACAGAACCUGACAAACGUGCAUGGCGCUUAGCUUGUUUGCAAACAUGUGUCACCACUGGAUUAGUUAUUGGUACCUUUAUUGGUCCAUUAAUUUUUCAACAAAUCAGUUAUACAUUUUUAUUUAUUAUCUGUGCUUUUCUUUGUGCCAUAUCAUUAUUUUACGUGUUAUUUUUGGUACCUGAGACUGUUAAGAAGGAAUCCAAUGAAAAAUGGGGCAACCCAUUUGAUUUGUCUUUAGUUAAAGAAUUAGUAGUAACAUGUACUAAAAAACGUGAUGGAUUGAAUCGCGGGAUGUUAUGGAGUUGUUUAGUAGUUUUGUCAUUAUUUACAAUAAUUAUUAAAGGGAAUUCAAAUAUCAGUUAUUUAUUCACAAAUGCUAAACUCGGCUGGGAUAUUGUGCAGUAUUCAAUUUUCAGUGGUAUAUCAAUGGUAAUAUCAAUUAUCGGGACAUUUGGAGGUCUCAAAAUAAUGAAAGAUUACUUGGGUUUUUCAGAAAUUACAGAGGCAUUGAUCGGAUGUUUAUCUGGUUUCUUAGCCACUUUGUUAAGCUCUUUUACGACAAAACCCUGGCAUAUGUACGUGGGAGUUUGUUUAGGAAUUUUCGCUGGUAUUGUUUUACCUACUAUACGAUCACUCUUGUCUAAAUCUGCUCCUAUUGAUGAUAUAGGAAAAGUAUUUUCUUUAGUCACAGUCGUGGAAAUAAUUUUACCAAUAGGAAGUGCUCCGUUGUACAGUUUAAUUUAUUCUUCAUAUAUAUUUGUUUAUCCAUCACCAGUGUUUUUAUUAACGGCUGUAAUAUUUUUUUCAAUGACAUUUAUUAUUUUGAUUAUGAAUUUUAAAUUCAUCGCAUCUGAAUCCUCUUAUCAAGUCACCGUUCAAGAAGACUGAUUUUUUUUUUAUUAGUUUUUAGUGCAGUUGAUUGUUGUUUAAAUAAAGCAAUUAUAAUCGUCUAAUGAGUUUAUAAUAAAAUCUGUGAUAUCUUUUCAUGAAACUAUUUUAUAAAAUAUUAAUUAGUUAUCAAGUGUACAUUUAUAAAUAGUUAUUAAAUU